AUAAAAAAAAAUCUAUAUCAUAAUAAAUUAUUUAUAUUAUAAUGAACAACUUGUACCAAAAGAACUAUUGAUAAUGGGAAUGGGAAGAAUAUUGAUGCACCUUUGUUGAAAAUUUGAAUACGUACAACAGACCGAACAACUUUGUGUUUUAAAUUAGCUAGUUUAGUUUAUUUUAUUUUAUUUAAAGCAAAAAAUAUUAUUUCUUUUAGGAAGUUAGCAAAAGAAAUAUUAUUAAUAGCCUUAAUAGGCCCACCCAAGAAACUUCAUACUUGCUUUGUUGAUGAUGAAUGUUCUAAAUUAAAUAGACUUAAAAUGUUCCAAGUUGCCACCAAUAAUCAAUAUGACCUCCCAAGAAACUUCAUAGUUGCCUGCCUCAUUGAUGGUUUGUGUUCUUAACUAUUUGCAGUAUAUAGUUGUACCAAACCAAAAUAAUAUAAUUUGCAGUGUGCAUGUACACACACACACACACAUCCUCCUGUUAACAUUUCUUCUAUCUAUACUACAAUACUACUGUCUUGUCUUCAGUGUUCUGUUAUAAAUGGAAAAUUAUGAAGAACAGUCACAUGGUUUCACUUAUGAUGUUUUCCUCAGUUUUAGAGGGGAAGACACGCGGCACAAUUUUAUUGGAUAUCUUCGUGAUGCAUUGCGGCAGAGGAGAAUCAAUGCUUUCUUUGAUGAUGCGAAUCUGGAAUUAGGAGAAGACAUUUCACCUGCCCUUUUAAAAGCCAUUAAAGAAUCUAAGAUCUUAGUUAUUGUUUUUUCUGAGAAUUACGCAUCUUCCGGGUGGUGUCUUAGGGAACUAGUGAAGAUCAUGGAAUGUAGGGAAAAAAACAAUAAACAAAUCGCUUUCCCAAUUUUUUACCAUGUUAAUCCAUCUGAUAUACGACGUCAAAGAAAUAGCUAUGGAGAAGCCAUGGUUGUUCAUCAGAAUACGUUUGGAAAAGACUCGGAAAAUAUAAAGGCAUGGACAACAGCAUUGUCUGAAGCUGCAAACUUGAAAGGUCACCACAUCCACACCGGGUUCGAAAUCGAUCAUGUUACAGAGAUUGCCAAAGAGAUUGCCAAAAAGGUCCAUGCUAAGAUAGCUCCUAAACCUUUACCUGUUAGUGAGAAACUAUAUGGACUUGAUCAACACAUAGAAGAAGUGAAGUCACUUCUAGACUUGAAACCAAAUGAUGACACUGUAUGCUUGUUGGGCAUAAUUGGACUUGGCGGAAUAGGGAAAACUGAACUUGCCAAAGCACUGUAUAACAAGAUUGUGCACAAAUUUGAAGCUGCAAGUAUACUUGAAAAUGUUAGAGAGAAGUGGAACAGAAUCAAUGGCCCAGAAUAUCUACAAAAGACCCUUUUAUUAGAGAUGUUUGAGGAGCCAGAAACUGCGUGGGGAAGUACAAGUAAAGGAAUCAAAGAAAUAAAACACAAGCUUGGAAGGAAAAAGGUUCUUUUGGUACUUGACGAUGUUGAUGAGAUGAAACAAUUAGAAAACUUGGCAGGAGGAAGUGAUUGGUUUGGUCCAGGUAGUAGGAUCAUAAUAACUACAAGGGAUAAAGGUUUGCUCGUGGGUACUUAUUUAAUAGAGGUUAAGACUUAUGAAAUGACUGGACUUAAUGAUCAACAUUCUCUUGAGUUGUUUUGUAGAAAUGCAUUUGGAAAAAACAAUCCUAAAACAGGAUAUGAAUCUAUGUCUUCUCGCGCGGUUGGUUAUGCGAAAGGUCUUCCAUUGGCUUUAAAAGUUAUAGGCUCCAAUUUGUCUACUAGAAAAAGUUUAAAAGCUUGGGAGAAUGCAUUGAAAGAUUAUGAGAGGAUUCCACUGAAAGCGAUUCAAGAUGUGCUUAAAUUAAGCUAUGAUGUGUUGGAGCAUUAUGCACAAAGUGUUUUCCUAGAUAUAGCUUGCUUCUUCACAGGGAAAAGCGUGGAAUAUGUUGAAGAAAUACUUUAUGAAUUCAGCGCAGCAUCAAAUAUUGAAGAGCUUGUUAAUAAAGGUCUCUUGAAUGUCGAUAAUGGCCACUUGAAUAUGCAUUACCUAAUACGUGAUAUGGGUAGAGAGAUUGUUAGGCAAGAGGCACCAAAUAAUCCUGCAAAACGUAGUAGAUUAUGGUUUCAUCAAGAUGUCAUUGAUGUAUUAUCGGCCAACGAUUCAGGGUGUGAUGCAAUUCAAGGGAUAAUGCUUGAACCUCCUGAAUAUACAACAGAAGUAUAUUUGAAUGAUUAUACUUUUGAGAAGAUGAACCGUCUCAGAAUUCUCAUUGUUAAAAAUAUAUAUGUUUCAUCAGAGCCUAAACAUCUUCCAAAUCAUUUAAGGCUACUUGACUGGAAGGAAUACCCUUCAAAGACUUUCCCACCAAAAUUUUAUCCGAGAAAUAUCAUCAUCUUAAAUUUGCCUGAUAGUCAACUUACAAUGGAAGAGCCAUUUAAGCAAUUUACGUAUCUGACUGUCAUGAAUUUCUCAAAUAAUCAAUCUAUCACAACAAUGCCUGACGUGUCCAAAGUUGAAAAUUUGAGAGAAUUGCGACUUGAUGAUUGUAAGAACUUAACUACUGUUCAUGAAUCCAUUGUAUUUCUCCAACGUCUUGUUCACUUAAGCGCUUUGGGAUGCACCAAACUUGAAAUCUUUCCGCAAAGAAUGUUUUUACCAUCUCUAGAAGUCCUUGACCUUGAUUGGUGUAAAAAACUUGAACACUUCCCAGAUAUAGUGAACAAGAUGAAUAAACCAUUGAAGAUUCGUAUGAGUCAUACCUCUAUUAAGAAGCUGCCAAAUUCUGUCGGUAAUCUUAUUGGACUUGUUUCAAUAGACAUGGAACAUAGUGAGAAACUCGAAUAUCUACCAAGUAGCUUAUUCAGUUUACCAAAUGUUGUUGCUUUUGACUUUGGAAGUUGUUCUAAACUUGGUGGAUCUAUCAAAAGAUUUCUACCUGAUAGCCCUUCAGAAGGCAAUGAAUGUUCAACAUUAAAAACAAUGCAUUUUGAAAAAAGCAGUUUGUCAGAUGAAGAUAUGCAGGCAAUACUCAUAUGUUUUCCAAAAUUAGAAGAAUUGUUUGUAUCAAAGAACAAUUUGGUCUCUCUGCCAGCGUGCAUUAUAGGGUCUACUCACUUGACAAAUCUUGAUGUCAGUGAUUGCAAAAUGCUUAGAGAAAUUCCCCAAUGCACCAACUUGAGAAUUCUGGAUGUCCAUGGUUGUACGAGCCUUACAGAUAUUUCAGAGUUGCCAUGCACAAUUCAAAAAAUAGAUGCAAUAAAUUGCUUCAACUUAUCUUCGGAUACAUCAGACAUGCUAUGGGAUCAGGUGAAAAAAGAGAGGAGUGGAUUAGAAAUUGUGAUGCCUAGAACCAAUGUUCCAAAAUGGUUCGAUUAUAGACGCGAAAGAGGAAUUCCGUGUUUAUGGGUUCGUGAGAAGUUUCCCAUUAAUGUUGCUUUUGCAUUGGUGUUCCAAGCUGUUGCAGAUGGGAUCAAAAGAAUAGAUCUCGAUUUUGUUAAACUUCAUUUGGUUAUCAACGGUCAACGUGUCCCUCACAAAAGCAAUUACAACAUCAUGAUUGAACCAAAUCAUGUUUCAGUUUGUGAUCUACGAUUGUUAUACAAUGAUGACGAGUGGCUAAGCAUUGAUGCAUUACUUCUUAAGCAUAAAUGGAAUAAAGUGCAAAUUUCAUAUGAAGCGGAGAAUAGUAUCGUGACACUAAGUGAAUGGGGAAUUUUUGUGUACAAACAAGGAACUGAUAACUUGGAAGAACAUGUUCAAUUCCUGUGUCCUAUGCCUGUUAUUGGUCAAGAUUCUGGAUCUCCUUCUACCGUUGCUAUGGAUGUGGUAUCUUCCUCCGAGUUCAGGGAAUUCAAGGAAGAGAUAAGAGGAGAGAUGGCCACUCAAAAGGACAAUCAAGCUGCUAUGAAGAAUCAGUUGGAUACCAUACAGCAGCUCUUGUUGACUUUAGCCUCCAAACAAACCUAGGAUACCAUGUUUAUUGCACAAUUCUAUGUAUCUCUAGUUGUUUUUCUCCUUAACUGCUUGUACUCAAUUUUUUCAAUCUAAUACAAACAUUUUUUGUUUAUCUUCAA